AAUGGGAACAAAUGAUGUGUUUUAUGACAGGCUGCUCGUAACAAAGUGCCUAAAGAUACACGUUAAAACUGGUUCAGUGUUAUGUGUCAACACAACACUGGUUCAUCCCUUGAGUUACAUGCUUUUUUAUGCUUGUAUCAACCAUAGGUCAGUGUUAAGUAGCUAACCGCUUAACAACAACAACAAAAAAAAAAAACUUCUGAAAAAGAUCAGGUACAAGAACUGGACUGAAAAUGAAAGAAAUCCUGGAGAACUACUGACAAAGACCACUUUAAAGAAAUAUAAGAAAAAUCUGGCUGCUGGGAAACAAAAUGCAAAGAAGUGAGGGGUGGUUCAAGACUUUUGCACAGUGCUGUACUGUAUGUAUGUGGUUUACACGUUCAUCUAACAAUAUUCCCAGUUUAUUCCUGGGAGGCGACACAAAUUCCUUUGGGGUUGUGUCAGGAAGAGCAAAGUAAAGCGAUAAAUAAAUACAAAUUUUAAAAAUCUGCCAAAUCAAACAUGCAGAGCUACCUGUGGCAAUAGGCAACCCCUUGUGAAUAAGGGAGCAGCCAAAAGCAGCUCCUUCUUAGAGAAGGCAAACUGAGCAAAAAUGUCAACAUUUAUAGCACUUCUCUUAUAUACAGUAUCUUAACAAUAGACGUUAACAGUGUCUAACUUUACUUGAUACAUGCAUUAUGUUGUCUCUGUCGCCCCCCUCUGUUGCAUGGUGAAACAAAAUUAUUCACCCUCCCUCCCAAGAACCCUCAAUUGGAUAAGUGGAAGAAAAUGGAUAGGUGGACAUGGAUGCUUUAGUAAUGAAUUGCUUUUAUUUUACAAAACCCUUUGAAGCUUGAUAUUGCUCAAAAUGAUCACUAGAAAGCUUUAAUAAAUUCCUUAAUUUUUUUUCCCCACAGAAAAUUGAAAAAGGAAAAAACUUUCUGUGAAAGAUAACUAAGUCCAAGGUCAUGUCAUUUGUAUUAAUACAUUUGUUAUCAACCUGGUUAGGUAGUUAUACAGAGUGAUGUUUCACUUUCUUUGUGUGUUAGUUCCCUUUCUGCCCUGGCUCCUCCUCCUCUGCCAUCACCAAUGAAUGGGGCCUUUGUGGGGGUUUCCUGGCAUUCCAAGGGAAUUCUUUCAGUGCUCAGCUUUGCUAUUUCAAACGACUUGCAACAACUGCAAGGGUGUGAUCAAAGGAGCAGACAGAGUGGGAGGGAAGGAUCCCAUUCUUUCUAGCCAGCUAUGAAGAAUGGCUUCACAAUAGCAGUAAGAGGAAUGUAUAGGAUCCCAGGACAGUGCUGUUAUCUGAUGUGGAUAAGAGCAAUAUAACUGAGCUGUAUGAGUAACAGACUGACAGAGGAAAACACCCAGCACUGUUCACACUGGCUUGAAGCGUCAUGUUACAGACAGUUGGUGAGUGGAUCUGGUGGGAGCGUUUGUGGCUGCCAGUCAGCGUGUCUUGGUCUGAUUUAGAGGACAAGGAAGGUCGUGUCUACGCAAAAGCCUCUCAGCUUUACGCUACUCUACCCUGUGCUCUAUGCUUGCUUGUAAUCAGAUACCUGUUUGAAAGGUACCUUGCCACACCACUGGCUAAUAUUUGGGGGAUCAGGGACAGGAUACGUCUCCCAGCAGAACAAAACCCCAUUCUAGAAAAAUACUUCUGUGGCCAAACACGAAUUCCUACCCAGGAUGACGUGAGGUCUCUUUGCAAGAAGACUGGUUGGCCAGAAAGGAGAGUUGAAGUGUGGUUCAAGAGGAGAAGGAACCAGGAGCGACCGGGGCUUCGAAAGAGGUUCAGUGAAGCCAGUUGGAGAUGUGCAUUUUAUUUUUUUGCCUUUGUUGGUGGAAUCCUAGCUCUCUAUGAUAAACCUUGGGUUUAUGAUCUUAGGGAGGUUUGGGCAGGUUUUCCUAAACAGUCCCUGCUGCCAUCACAGUACUGGUUUUACCUCAGUGAAAUGGGUUUCUAUCUUUCUUUGGUCUUCAGUCUCACAUUUGAUGUGAAGCGGAAAGACUUUAAGGAGCAGGUGAUUCAUCAUAUGGCCACAUUGACACUUUUAAGUUUCUCCUGGAUUUCAAACUACAUCCGUAUUGGAACCCUUGUGAUGGUCAUUCAUGAUUCUUCUGACAUCCUGCUUGAGGGAGCAAAGGUAUUAAACUACGCCAAGUAUCACCGGACUGCUAACGGCAUCUUUGUGGUGUUUACAGCUGUCUUUAUGGUAACAAGACUUAUCAUUUUUCCUUUCUGGCUGAUUCACUGUACAUGGGUGUACCCACUGGAGUUGUUUCCUCCCUUCUUUGGCUACUAUUUCUUCAACAUCAUGUUGUUGGUUCUACAGUUGCUCCACCUAUACUGGGCUGUUCUAAUAUCAAGAAUGGUUUACAAGUUUAUUUUUAGCCAGCUGGAAGGUGAUGAUAGGAGUGAUGAAGAGGAAGAUGACAGUGACCCACCGAAGGAAAGAAACAGCAAGUUGAGUCACAUGAAUGGCUCUGGUGCCAGAGGCAGGGCCAAUGGCCACUGAAACAUACAGACAGAAACAGAAUAAAAGAGUAACAACAGAUAUAUGGACAAGUUUUUGUUUUUUUGUUUGGAAUAAAACGUUUCGAGUUUAACUCUAUGUAAAAAUAACACAAAGAAUAUUAUUGUUUAGGUAACUGUGAAGGAUAAUAAACUUAUACGAAGCUACGUGCUUUCUGGAA